AGCGCGAUGACCACGACCCACGCGACGCGGGACACGGAGCAGCACGCCGAUUGCGUCGAGAGCUGCGCCGUCCCAGGCCUUGAGCACCUCAUGGCCGUCGGCACGUACCAUUUGACCAAGCAUCCGGCGGCGCCCGGCGAGACGCCGCUGCCCGACACGCGCAGCGGUACCGUCCGGCUGCAUGCCUUGGCGCGCGACGCCAACAACGCAGUCACUGUGACCGACGUAUCGACGCACGCCAUGCAGAGCGGCGUCUUUGACAUGAAGUGGUCGCGCGACCGCGUGUACGAGAAGGCGCUGCUGGGCCUCGCGACGGCGGCGGGCACCCUCGAGCUUCUCGCAUGGUCCGAGGAGGACCAAGCGCUGGUGCCGUAUGCGACGACGCCUGUCUCGGACACGAUGUUUUUGUCGCUGGACUGGAACAACCGCGUACACGCAACGCCCGACCCCAAGAUCGCCGUGAGCCAAUCCAACAGCAACCUCUCGGUGUGGCAACAGACGCCGUCGGGCCUCGAAGCCAUCCGCGAGUGGCGCGCCCACGACAUGUUUGGCCAAGACAUUGAAGUGUGGAUCACGGCGUGGCAUGCGCAUGCCGAGAACGUGAUCUACUCGGGCGGCGACGACGCUGUCUUUAAAGGAUGGGACCUGCGCAUGGACCGACCGACUUUUCUCAAGCGCGACGUGCACUCGAUGGGUGUUUGCAGCGUACAGUCCCACCCGCUCGACGAACACUUGGUGGCCGUCGGCAGCUACGACGAAGCGAUCACGCUCUGGGAUGCCCGCCAAAUGUCGAUGCCGCUGUUGCGCCACGAGACGGGCGGCGGUGUCUGGCGUCUCAAGUGGCACCCCGAGCAAAAGACGUGGCUCCUCGCGGCCUGUAUGCACAACGGAUUCCAGAUCCUAAACAUGUCGCCAGAAAGCUCCGAGACGCGUGUGCACUACACCAAGCAAACAUCGCUCGCGUAUGGCGUCGACUGGUGGUAUGGCGAGCCGUCGACGCGCACCGUCGGUAGCGGGUCGUUCUACGAUCACUCGUUCCACGUCUGGUCGGCCGACGACUUGGUCGUUUAGAGUCCCCACCUCAAGCAUAUACUGUGUGCAUGCUCGUCCUAGACGCUUGACCUUUGAAUCGAUUGCCUGAGAA